UUGAAAACCGACGUCGUUGCAUAAGAGUUUAAUACUCUUGCUCCCAUGAUCCUUCCCAAAAUAGGAAUCGGUCUGCAUUGUUUGCCCGUAGUAAUGAGAUCAAUGGAGGGCGCUGUCGUAGAGAGUGUGAAGGAAACCCAGACAACCUCUUAACACUGAAUGCCUGUUUUGCGUUCAAAAAUCGAGACAGUAAUUUUAUUACAUUGUAAGUCACUGUAGGACGUGGUACCUGACCCUGUGUCUUAAAAAUAAUUAUAGUUGGGUAAUUUGUUCGAACAAAAUUUUGUCAUUCUGUUUUGGGAGCACACCUCAUACUUAAAUCUGAUAUCGAUAAAAAAAUUUUUUGAAUUCUGUGUUUGCCUGUUAUAAGAAACUUUUAUCGGCCCACUCUCACGUGACCUCAUGCAGAGGACUUCAAAAUCCUGACCUAUUUCCGCUGCCGAGUGAGGGCGCUAAACGUCAAUUAGUACAUUCAGUCUCCCGGUCCCGAUCCAUGCCAGUGAGUGAACCACAUUUUUCCUGUCAGAGUGCGCAUGUGCGACUUAUACAAACUACUACUUCAAAGCUACUGCAAGGCCACGGAACAUUGUCAGCUGAUGAAAGAUGCCCGAUGUUUGCUCCUCUUGGGUCAGCCAAAAUGUGCUAUUUAUUUAAAGUCUUUAAUGAGAAUGACCCCACGGUCUUACUGUUGUAUAAGGCUCCUUAUCGCGUAAUGAUACAUUCUGUGGGGUAAUUUGUAAUCGCGCUAUAAGAUAAAUUAUUCCGCUAUCACCAAGUCAUAUCAAUAUUUGGAUGAAGAAGAAUCCUUCCCCUUCAAAUAUAGCAAUAACGAUUGAGAUUUACGCAACCAUGGGACAGAGAUAUCUCGAGAUUGGUCUUCAGCAGGCCUGGGUACUAUAGGGAGUUGCAUCAGGGCAACGUCAUUCGAUCGCAAGCAUCCAUAUCUCUCUAUUAGUGGAGAGAGUAACGCCAAAUUUAGACCAGUUACGAAACCCCUCACCAAAGUGUUAACACCUGAGACAUCAUGAACCUGUAAUUGGGAGCGGAAUAGUGGAGAUUCUAUAGGCUAGGAAUACAUCAGUUGCCAAGAGGCGAACUAGGGUCCGUCCAAAGAUCUGACAGACGUCGCUUGAUUUUAAUUUAUAUGUUGGUCUUAUCAUACUCUUACCAACCAUGGUCAUUUACCCACAGCUAAGCAUGAUAGGGAUAUCGAAAAAAAUGUUUGUCGUUAGUCGGAGGUGAUAAGAUUGGUCAGGUCAGGGGACUGAUGGUAACAAGCUGUCCAUGACGCUGACCGGCUUUCAUCUAUCAGGAAAAUGAUUUUAUUUCCUUUCUGACGUAUACAUCGUUCGCAGCAGCGACAAGAAGAAGCGUACAGAAUCUCUUUUAAGUGAAAAUCGCAUUGGAUCGUUUGUUCUACGGGGAACCUACCACUCAAUUCAUAGAGCAUUCGAUCGACGCGACCCGGCCGUACGCAAGCUGUGCGAUUGAUGUCUAAGCUUUACAUGUAAUUGAUGAGUUCCUUUGGCCACCAUGGACAGCUAUAGAAAUCGCCAAGUUCUUCCCUUGUUUGUGUUCUUUGUCCUGAUUACCGCCAGUCAAGCGAUCCCGUGUAACUCCACUGAGUCUCUCAGUAACGUAGCCUGCCACACAAACCAAACCAACGGACUGGAGUACGUCGUUUGCGAGUGCUUGCCAGGCUAUGAGCUUCAAGGACCGACGUCAGUGGCUGUGUGUCUCGAGACGGGGCAGGGCUGGGGCGAGACAAUGCCAAACUGCACAGCAAUCCGAUGUCUGGCACCCGACUCGCCUGCAGGGAGCAUUGUCACUCCUGCGCACGAUAGUUACAUCACGGGGGGCACCAUCACCUACACCUGCCUUGAAGGAUUCAGUGGAGAUGAAGACCCCACGCGGCGAUGCCUGCCUGACGGAACAUGGUCAGAGACGAACUUCAGGUGUUUACCCUGUUCUGCUACUGGUCUCUUGUACGAUUCGCAAAGCUGUUUCAUCCCGGUUGAGAACGGUGUGUCAUGGAGCGAAGCCCAAUCGAGCUGCAAUGCGAAUGGCUGGUCGUUGGCCAAGGUUGAGAACAGCGAGGAGCAGACGUUUCUGUUUUCUCAAAUUGAUUCGAGGGAACACUGGAUUGGCGGGAAAGAAGCCACUAAUUGGAUCUGGGAAAGCAGUCAGAUGCCGAUCGAGUAUUUCACUCUGGCAGACGGGGAACAGAACAUUGUCGAUAAUGAGGGCUGUCUUUAUUUGAGUGCCCUGCCUGAUCGCAGUGACCUCCAAUGGAAUGAUAUCAACUGUGGAUCAAGUGUGAAUCCCAGAAUGAUGUACUCAAUAUGUCAGUUUGACCUGCCAUGUCCCAGUCUUCCUAAUUUUGGGGCUUACGACAAGUAUUGCAUUGAAUUCAGCCAGGUCUCUCGCACCUGGUACGGCGCUAGAGAUUAUUGCAAAAGCAAUAAUAGAUGGUUGGUGGAAGUUACAGAUCAAGGCCUGCAGGAUUUUCUUAGAAACGCCUUGAUGAGUUCCUACGGAGGUACCAACACACAUUGGUGGAUAGGUGGGACUGUCAGUACAUCUCGUGUAUGGAGAUGGACAGACGGUGAAUUGGUAAAGGACACCUUUUGGAAGGAUGACCAGCCUGGCUGUGAUCCUUCGUUUCCAUCUGGACAGGAUGUCAAAUGCAUUGAGAUGAAUUUCAAUUUACAACAGAUGGACAAUUGGCAAUGUAUAUCUUGCGAGAAUCAGCAGAGAUAUUACAUAUGUCGUUCAGAUGCAAGGAAUAUCACCACCUGUGGAGACCCAGGCGUGCCUCUGCACGGCACACGGUCUGAGCUUGAGUACGGCACUUUUAAUACCAGCGAUAUCAUUCAAUUCAUGUGCGAGGAAGGGUACAAACUCACUGGGUCUGAGUCCAGAGAAUGUCUGGCCAACGGUACUUGGAGUGGCCUACCAACCACCUGCAAUAUUAUUACUUGUGAAGAACCGACGCCAACAGCAAAUGGUAACGUCACUGUGUUGUCGGCCGAGUACCGAGGCUUGGCCAUUUUGUCCUGCGCGGAGGGAUACGAAAUUGACGGCGAAGCACUAAUUGUAUGCAUGAGCAACGGAUUGUGGACUUCACCUAACUCCACGUGCGUCGAAGUGCGAGUGACCAGCCCCGAAUAUCUGACGACAUCAAGCGAAGUUACUGCUGUUGUUUCCACAAGUAAAGCUGCUUCCACGACCACACAGCCUACAAGUUACUCAUCAGCGACAUCAGUAGAGCUAACUACUCUACAACUGACCUCCAGACCCGAUACUGGAGUGUCUACCUCGAUAACAGACCACUCUGGUGGAACAACUCCAGAAACAUCAAAUCCAACGACACAAGGGGUUGCCACAGUACCGACAUUAUCAACUGGAAAACCUAUAUCCACAUCGUAUGCAACUACGCCAUCAGCACAUUUAACACCCGUGGAGUCGACCGCUCCACAUUCCACUACAGCUCCACCACAAGCCACGACUCGGGUUAAACCUUUGUCAACACAUCACGUGACAGAAGUGGCCACCACGUUGCCGUCCAUUUCAAGGACCAUGAGUGAGAGCCUGACGACAUCAGAGGAUGCCAUAACCAUCGUUUCGACAGAUGCAGGUAGCCCAGAUGACGAAGCCACAUUGGGAUCCACCGAACUGCUUAUAAUAAUCACCGUUAGCUCCAUUCUGGGUCUGAUCCUGUUGAUUUUCCUGCUGAUAACCAUUUGCUGGUGCUGUUCCUGCCGAAAAGACAAAAAGCACUUGGAGCGUUACAAGGCAUCUGUAGCACUUGCCAACAAACCAGCCAACCUGGAGACGGAGACCGUCCCUCCGGACGUCAUCGGUGACUUAGUGGUCUCCGCCUGGCCACGGAGCAGUUUCUUCGACGUGCGGAGCGGACCCCCAACCGUCGACAACGACUACCACGGCUUAGGCGGAGACUACGCUGAGCCCGACUAUAGCACUAUCCUUCCGCGGGCGUCUGUCAGGCACGAGUCGUCCAGCAGCGCCUACCAGGUCCCGCAAUUCCCCGCCUACGCCAGGGCGCUCUUCCGGCCAGAGAUGUCCCGCGGUAGGUCGUUGCAGCAAGCCUUGGUGGAAGAGAUCGAACUAGAGAAACAUGUCUAUCAGGGUGCUAUUAAUGGAGCUCAGAGUGAGUCUGGCGACGAUGAGGCGCUGGAGUCCCACUCCUUUGGCCAGGCGGAAUUAUUUGUUGUUCCCAGCGAAGAGAAGAGUGACGCUCUUGGUUACGCAAAAGUGGAGCUUAACCGAGGAGGUAGUCACCUUAGCUACCCCUCUCACCAUGCUUGAUUUCUACUCUAGCGUCAUGGUUGGGAAAUCUAUGUUUAUCUCUAUUAUUGUUGGUGUCAUCUUGAUCGUCGUCAUUGUCAUGGAAAAGUUUGUCGUCAUAAUCGUAAGUUUUGCCGUUAGUAGUGAUGUUAUCACCACAUUCAGUACACCACCCACCAUCACCACUGCCUCAGUCAAGCACCACCUCCACCACCAUCACCAUUAUAACCUGUACUGUCACCUCAUCUGUUGACCCCAUCCCCACAUCUGUUGACACCAUCACCAUAAAGAUUUUUAACAUCACCUUCACUACCGUCUACUUUGAAACCGCAUUUUUUAAAUGACGUACAUCUUAUUUAAAUCGUGUAAAAAGCAAAAUAAGAAAUUCUACAAAUCCUAAUCAUUAAAAACUUUUAGAUACCAUGUCUUUCCUUCAUUUAAUUAUAGGCAUGGCAUUUUUAGAACACUCAACCCAUGAAGACGGUUUGUUGGACUAUUAAUCACUUUUAAGUGAUACAGAUUUAUAGAACUUGUGUUUCGUUUUUGUUUUAACUGUUUCACCUGCUCCUACAAGGUAUGCAGCACUUGUGAAGUGAAGUUUGAGAAAUCCUAAUUUCCGUUAGAAUCUUUCUAGAAAGUAUUCUUUAUAUUAUUUAAAGUAUUUAACUAGAAAGCACAGAUACAUACCAUAUCGCCAACCGUCUUCACCGAAAGUUUUCGGUAUUUUGUAAUGAAUACAAAACGAGUGAAAAUGCUCGACUUUGGAAUGUUGACAGCACGGGUGUUGUUGGGAAUAAAAUUGUUAGAAACUUGAGUGGUAUUAGUGCCAUUGA